AUGGAGGUGAGCACUUUGGUCGGCUCUGAGUUGGACAAGUUUAGCUGCAACGCAGCCUUGAGACUUUGCACCAAGGGGGGCUGGUGGAAACUCUCCGUGGAGCUGCUGCGCUUAAUGGGCGUCUCCAAGAUCCAGGUGGACGUCAUUGCCGCCAGCACUGCCCUGGCAGCAUGUGCAAGGACUGGUCAGUGGAGAGUGGCCUCCACUAUCCUGGCUGGCAUGGAGCAUGGCCUCAAGCCUGAUACCACUUGCCAUAACACGGGCAUCAAUGGCUGCACAAGGUGCCUUCAAUGGCAGCUGGUUUUGGCUCGGAUGUGGCAGAUGCGGCGAGCCGGCAUGGAGGCAACAGCAGUGUCACGUAGCGAAGUAUUGGAGGUGCUGUGCCAGAGCGGGCUUUGGCAACGCGCCUGGCAUUUUUUGCAGCGGACAACUUUGGCCGAUGCAGUCAUGCAAAGUAUUGCCAUUGGCUUGAGUCAAUGGCGCAUUGGCCUUCUGGCCAGCGAUGCACACUUGAAAAUGGACACGGUGUCGCUGAACGCGUCACUACGCACCUGCAGCAAGGGCUCCUGGCGAAGAGCUGCGGGGUUUCUGGCUUCUUCCUUGGCUCGAAGUUUGAGGGCCAGCCGCAUCACGUACUCCACGCUGGUCGCAGCGCUGGCCCGGCGCCGGGCCUGGGAAGCCGCCCUGCGCCAAGGCGCGGCCUUGCGCGCGCGCGGGCUGCAGCCGGACGUGGCCACCGGAAGCGCCACAGCCAGUGGCUGCGAGUGGCAUCGCGCCUUGGACGCGUCGCGACAGAUGCGGCGGUGGGCGGUCCAGGCCACCGCCCGGCUGCAGGGGACGCUGGUCUCCUCUUGCCAGGCGCUUGCCCAAUGGGUUUCCGCCCUGCGGCUCCUUGCGGACUUUGUGCCGCGCGGCUUGCAGCUCACCCGGGCGGCGACCAACUCUGCCAUGAGCGCCUGCGGGCCGAACUGGCUUCGAGCCCUGGCCUUGUCUGCCGCCGUUCCGCCCGACGCGAUCGCGGCAGGGGUGCGCAUUGCCGCCAGCGAGUGGAUGCCGGCAUUGAACUCCUUGCGCUGGGCAGGCCAUGCUUCGUUGGAGCCUGAGAUAUCGACGUUCAACGCUGCCUUGGGCGCCUGUCAAUCGACGGCGUGCUGGGAGCAGCAGCUUGGCAUCAUGCGGCAUCUGCCACGCCAGCUUCAAGUGGAUUCUACUUCGGCGGGCGCAGCCAUCAGUGCGUCAGGCAAAGCUAGCAGCUGGGAUACUGCAGCCUCCUUACUUCAAGGCAUGUGGGGGCAGAUGCUGCGACCUGAUGUGGCCGAACUCAGCGCAGCAAUUGCAGCCUGCGAACGCGCGAGGAAAUGGGCCAACAGCAUCGCUUUGCUCAGAGUCGCCGAUUUGCAGCUCGUGCAUCCCAACACGGCGACCUUUGGCGCCGCCAUCAGCGCUUGCGAGCAGGCGCAGAGGCAGACAGCUAGAGCACUUGCUGGAAACAGACCUUUGCUAUGCAAUGCCAGCAGAAGCACUGGAGGAGCCACAGCUCGUGCCACUUGUGACUAG